AUGCCUAACUACACUCUGUACUACUUCAAUGGCCGCGGACGUGCCGAGAUCCUGCGUAUGCUGUUCGCCGCUGCUGGUAUCAAAUACAUGGACAAGAGGUUCGAGUUCUCUGAAUGGGACCGUUGCAGAAAUGAUUUCCCCUGUAUGUACCUACCUUGUCUGGAGAUGGACGGUGGUAUGAGGAUGCCUGAGACCAUGGCCAUUGCCAGGUACUUGGCCCGUGAAUAUGGACGCCUACUUGAAUACGUAAAGAGGGCGAAAUUCCUUGUAAGUAAAAAUCAUUUUCCACUGUCUCAAUUCUCUAUUAUCUCUUCAAAAAUCUCUAUCUCAUUUUGCGCAUAUCUAUCUAUCUAUCUAUCUAUCUAUCUAUCUAUCUAUCUAUCUAUUCUCGGCCAAAAAUUCACCGUAGACUUUCUCUUAAUAUCUAUCUAUCUAUCUAUGUAUAUAUCUUUCUCUUCAUAUCUAUCUCUUUCUCUUAAUAUCUAUCUAUCUAUCUAUCUAUCUAUCUAUCUAUCUUUUUCUUUUAAUAUCUAUUUAUGUAUCUAUCUAUCGAUCUAA